AUGAAUAUCACAACAACCACAAAUAAGGAACCCCUGCACAUUGCAGUAGUUAGGCUUGGAUUCACAGUUUUUUUCUCGCUCACGAUCAUCUACAUCAAUGGCAUUUUGAUACACAUUUUCAGAAAACAUCAGGUUUUCAACAUGAAUUCUCGCUACAUCCUCUACAUUCAUCUGGUUUUCAAUGACAUCAUUAUGUUAGCAUUGAUGGUCCUCCUCAUAAUUCUGAGCACCGUCUUAUACACAAUUAAUGUCUCGUUUUGCAUUAUUAUGCUUAUGAUUGCCAUAUCUUCAAAUCUAAACAAUCCGUUAACACUUGCUGCUAUGGCCUUAGAGUGUUACUUGGCUAUAUGCUUCCCUCUCCACCACCCCCGGAUCUGUACUGUCAAAAAAACGUACAUUGUGAUCGCUGUGAUAUGGUUUCUGAGCUCUCUAACAAUACUGCCAGAUCUGUUUGUACUUGUGGCAACAAGACCUGCAGAAUAUUUCAAUUCAAGGAGUUUUUGCUUGUGGGCAAAUAUUUUCACAUACCCUCAUCUUGAGAAGAAGAGAGAUGUAUCGAACAUAAUUUGUUUGGUCAUUGUGUGGCUCAUUCUUUUUUAUGCAUACUUCAGAAUCCUUUUUACAGCACAGGCUGCCUCUUCAAAUGCAAAGAAAGCGAGGAACACCGUUCUGCUGCAUGGCUUCCAGCUGCUGCUGUGUAUGCUGAGCUAUGUUCAUAGCAUAAUGAUAGAGGGCAUUAUAAAGCUUUUCCCAGAAGACGCUCGAGUCAUACGCUUUGCGAUCUCUUUGCUCAUUCAGGUUACGCCUCGGCUUAUCAGUCCAAUAGUUUACGGGAUAAGGGACAAGUUGUUCAGACAGUACCUGAAACGAUACUUUUUACCCACUACUAAGACAGACAUUUAUCCAGAAAAGCUGGAAAAGAAGCCAAUAUAA